GUUGUUUCGUACCCACACAUGAACAUUGAAGAGGUCAAGAUGAAGGUAGUUGAGGUUACUGGAUCAUAUAUAAACGUUCUAUGUACUCUGCUAGGAUUGCUGCUGUCAUACUUGAACGUUCGCCUCCAUGACGAGGUCGACGAGGCACCAUUAUCUUUAUUGGUUGAUCCCGAAGUCGAAGCUGCUGAGGUUUUGGUGGCGUCAUGCUUGACGCCACUGUUGUUGCCACCAAUAUUGUUGAUUGUAUUUGGUUCAGCCUUCUUAACAGCAACAUGA